UCUCCAAGCAACCCAAGGAAAACGUCACUCUCUCUCUCUCUCUCCGUUCCCCCAAUGUAAAUACAGCUCUAAACUUGCACCUAAUUGUGCAAAAACCUGCCAAUAUCCCAACUUAGGCCAACCGUUUUUUCCCCGCGUAAGCAAAUCAUUUAUCUCCCUCUUUGUUGCCCUUCUCUCUUAUCCAUCCCUGAUAAGUGGAGGAUCAACCAGAACCUCGACUCCUUCUAUUCAAGAUUCAAUCUUUGGCCGAUCAAAAAAAAAAAAAAAAGAAGAUUCAAUCUUUGUGUUUUGCCGAACCCAAUUGACCCUUACCACUUGAUUUGAUGAGCAAUGUGAUACCCUACACCAAUCUUUGAACCAGACCUUUGUUCUUGCUUUCCAAGAACAAAUCUUGAAUAUGGGACCAAUUCCACUGGACCCAUUUCGUUGAUUCUUCGCUACAGCAAGAAAGCAAAUUUAUACGAUCACACCCAUUAUUCUUAUCCCUAACCCUAAUCCUGCUGUGCCCAAUUGACGAAAAACCUCUUGAUGUAUGUACUAUGUAGAGCAUAUUCAAUCUUUCAUGCGAUAAACACUCGUGGGCUCUGAGUGUUUAUCUCGUUUUCCAGAACGCUAUCUAGCCCGGUGUUUAUUUCGCCACCUCUGUUCUUGAAUUUGGUGGGAGAAUAGAAAGAUUGGGGCUGAACCCAAAUGCAAAUAUUCCUCAUUUUGAUUGAUACUCCAAUUGCAAGUGAAUGGAUUCCCCAUUUCUCACAUUGGUCUUCUUGAGUUUGUGGUUUUUCUUUGUGCAUUCACAGAGAAAUGUGGUGAAUCUUGGAACCCAGCCUUCUCCACCUUCUCAACCGCCGCCACCGCCUCCUCCACCUCCCCCGCCCCCGCCGCCGCCGCCUUCUUCGUUUUCGCCGCCGCCACCACAUCGACGGUCCACUCCCCACCGACCACCACCGCCAAGGCGCCGCCAUAGCCCAGCCGUGAAAUCGCCCCCUCCACCAAGCCCACCGGCUAAACAAAAGCUCAAUUUGGGCAAGAAAAUUGGACUGAUAUUUGUGGGCAUUGUGGUGAUCAAGCAAGUUGGUGUGGUGGCAUUCUUGUUAAUCAUCAGGCGUCGGCUUUUUGAAGAACAUUGAUAGACACUGACUGUUGUUUGCCAUUCUCAUUGAUUCCCUUGCUUUCUCCAUGGUUUUUUACAGAGGAGCAGAGGCGGAGUUAUGUUCAUUGCGGCUGAUUGAUGAGUACAUACGGAGUUACACGAACUAGGGAUUUGUCGGAGUGUUUUCUGCAUUGGGGUUGUAAAUGGGUAAUUUCUUGAUUGACAUUCUACUUUCCAUUUUUU